CACAACUUUACCAUCCAUCUAUCAAACUCAAUUCCUCUUCAUCAAUAACUAUAUAAACACACAUACACACAUACAUCAUGCCUGAAGGACGUCAAUCACCACCACCUGAGACCCAAUCCGGUGCUCAAAAAGGUGCUCCCUCCGAUGCCAAGGGAAUCAGCCAAGGAGGCAACAACCAACAAGACAGCAAAUCUGAUAUCGAGAACCUCUCCUCAAACCCAAAGGGACCUCUCGAGGAUCACUCAAACGAGACUCGCUCAAAGACUGAGAACUAAAUGCGAACCGAUAUGAGGGUGUUCGGGAUAACCAAUGGAAGCAUGUAUAUUAGUCGCACUUUCAGAGGAGGUGCACGUAUUGAUACGAUAUAAAAUGAUAUGAUACCGUCAUGAAAUGGGAGGAGUUAAAUGAGACAAUGAAACAAAUUCGUUAUGAAAUAAAAUCUUCAUGAAGUAGCUCUAGUGUGAUGCUGGUUUAAUUCUAUUGUAAAAAAUGUGUGAUGUGUAUCAAUAUUUGCAAAUAUAAUGCAGACUUUUGGAAAAACA